UCUUAAUAGAUUGAAAACGACGUCGUUUUUUGGAGCCCCAAAUUUCCUUUACUUUCCCCAAUUCAGAUUACCCCCGAACGUCUGGAUCCCCAAACCUUGAAUCUCCAAAUCCCCUAAAACUUCCCCCAAUUCGAUAUCCUCAAAUCGGUUUCCCAAAAUCCCCAAAUCAAAAUACCUUUGAUUUUCGCCGAAGUCCCUUUUAUUCUCUUUUUUUUUCAUUUUCAUUUUCACAGUACAUUCCAUCACUCGCAUCCACUGAUUCUCACUGCUUUUACAGUACCUAUAUCUCAAAAUCAAUUCUACGCAGUGUUUUAGUUACCCACUGAACGUCGACUGCAACUCUCUAUUUUGUAUUUCCAAUAUAUCGAUCUGUGUUUGAAGAUAUGGAUGAAGCGACUGUUUCGGUAAUCUUAGAGCAGAUGACUGCAAUCACCAUUGAUAAAGCAAUCGAAGCUUGGAGUCUGGUGCAAGGUGCUGAGAAAGAGGUGAAAAGGCUUGAAACCAACUUUAAAGCACACCGGUUGGAGCUUGAAGAUGCAGAGGAGAAAGAAUACGUGGACAAACGGGUUAAACUUUGGUUAGACAAGUUCAGAUAUGUUUCUUAUGACAUGGAAGAUGUAUUAGAUGAGUGGGAAACUGCAGUUCAGCAGUUGCAAACAGAUCCUUCUGGCUCUGCUUCUGUUCGUAACUGGAAGGAUGAGCAACCAGAAGUACAAGGACCAGCAGUUUUGGUCUCAACUGAAAGAGGAUCAACUAUCAGUCCAAUUGCUUGGUUUGGUGAUUGAUUCGACGAACACUUCUCGUUACUAUCAAACUACAGACCUGAAGAAAAAAGGCAUUAAGCAUGUAAAGAUACAAUGUAGGGGAAGGGAUGCUGUACCUGAGAAUGCGUCUGUAAAUACCUUUGUUUAUGAGGUGUCACAAUUUCUCCUACGUCAGAAGUCGAAUAAAUAUAUUCUUGUCCAUUGUACUCAUGGUCAUAACCGCACUGGCUACAUGAUUAUUCACUAUCUCAUGCGAACACAGCCAAUGUCUGUUACUCGGGUCAGUAAUUUUUGUUGUUGGUGGUGGUAUGUUUUUUUAGUCUUUUCCAGUAUCUGUUUUAGGUAUUCACAAUGGAAUACUAUUUACUAUUUUUGUUUAACCUUUUCUGCAAGCAAUAAAUUUUUUUCUGAGGCACGCCCACCAGGAAUAUAUAAACCAGACUAUAUUGAUGCCCUCUAUGCAUUUUAUCAUGAAAGAAGACCAGAAUCUCUUGUCUGCCCUCCAACUCCUAAGUGGAAAAGAUCUUCUGAUCUUGAUCUCAAUGGUGAAGCAACUGCAGAUGAUGAUGAUGAUGAUGAUGAUGAUGAUGGAGCUCCAACUGCAUUACCUGUUAGAGGGCAUGCACAAUUCCCGGGAUCACAUCCAGUUUCGCUGAACAGAACACACUUAUCCAGGAUGGGAAGGAGAUGCAUCAAUGCUUUAUACUUAUCGCAGCUGUGUCGAAGCACUUCCUCAGGGGGUAUUUUGGAAUUCACAGUUCGGGAUUCAGAAACUUUCUGCUGAAACCGGAGCUGCUUCGAUCUAUUGUGGAUUUUGGUUUUGAACAUCCUUUCGAAUUAAGGCAAAGUUUUAAACUCAUGUCUGAUGUUAACAUUCGUAAAUUCCAUGAAUUAAGUCAUUUUGUUUUUCUUACUUUUAGUGACUUAUAAUGGUGGGCAGUAUACAAGUUUGGUGUUUUAUUAUUUUGAUUCUAUAUUUAUAUUUAAUCUAAUUUUUAUUAUUUAUUUUA